CUCCACAUUUCUUACUUUUCCCCUAGCUAUCUUUCACUCAAACACCCAUGGAUCGCGACGAGGGCCAAACCACCCGUGCGAGACCAAUGAAGCGGAAACUGGAGCCUGAAUUCCAAGACCAAAACCAGGCUCGCAAGAUUCUCGUCCUCCAAGACCCAAACAAAGACGGCUCUACCCCUCCUGUUAACACACAGGAUUUCCCUACUUUUUCAGUCCAAUCAAACUCAACCACAACCACAACAAGUACCUCCUUUUCCGGACCUCAUUGGAAUUACGACGUUUUCCUAAGUUUUAGAGGUGAAGACACUCGUAAGAGUUUCACCGAUCACCUAUACUCCGCCUUGGUGCGAGUCGGAAUUUGUACCUUUCGAGAUGAUGAGGAGCUUCGAAGAGGAAAGACCAUCUGUAAUGAACUACUCAAUGUGAUUCGUGGAACGAGAAUUUCCAUUGUGGUAUUCUCAAAAGGCUAUGCUUCUUCCACGUGGUGCCUUGAUGAACUUGUGGAGAUUGUGCACCGUAGGAAUACCAUGGGCCACAUUCUUCUUCCCAUUUUUUAUUAUGUGGACCCCUUAGAUGUUCGAAAACAAACCAGAACUUUUGCGGAUACAUUUGUUAGGCAUGAAGAGCAGUUUCAAACCGAUAUGGAGAGGGUGCAGAGGUGGAGAGUAGCUCUUACUGAAGCUGCAAAUUGUUCUGGCUGGAAUCUUGAGAGUCUUGCAAAUGGGUAUGAAUCAAGCUUCAUUGAGAAGAUUGUUACACAAGUUUCGUGUGAAGUGGAACCCACUCGCUUGAAUGUUGCCAAACACCCAAUAGGAAUAAAUUAUCGUGUUGAUCGAGUUAAAGAUUUGUUAAAUUUUGGAACAAGUGACUUUCGCAUUGUAGGCAUUUAUGGGAUGGGUGGAAUAGGUAAAACAACACUAGCAAAAGCUAUCUAUAACCAAAUAUGUUAUGGAUUUGAAGGAAGUAGUUGUCUUUUAAACAUUCAGGAAAUUUCAAAACAACAUAAUGGUUUAGUUCGUUUACAAGAACAACUUCUUUUUGAUAUAUUAAAAACAAAGAAUUUGAGGAUUGACAAUGUUGAUCAAGGAAUCAAUUUGAUUGAGAAAAGAAUUCAUGGCAAGAGAGUUCUUGUUGUUCUUGAUGAUGUGGAUGACUUGAAACAGUUACACGCAUUAGUCGGAAACUCAGAAUGGUUUGGUCCAGGAAGUAGAAUCAUUGCAACAACCAGAGAUGAACAUUUGCUAAUUCAACUUGGAGUACAUGGAAAAUAUAAGGUUGAAGAAUUGGCAGAGGAGGAGUCUCUUCAACUUUUCAAUUUGAAUGCCUUCAGCAUGCGCCAUCCAAAGGAAGAUUACUUGGAACUUUCAAUUGGUGCAGUGAAGUAUUGUGGAGGACUUCCAUUAGCUCUUAAAGUUUUGGGUUCUUUUUUAUUAGGAAGAAGCGUUGUUGAAUGGAAAAGUGAAUUGGAAAAAUUACAAAAAAUUCCUCACCACCAAAUUCAAGAUAUACUUCGAAUAAGUUUAAAAUCACUAGAUGAUAGUACGAAUGACAUAUUUCUUGAUAUUGCAUGUUUCUUUAUCGGUAUGGAUAAAGAAUAUGUCAUCAAAGCACUUGAUGGUUGUGGUUUCUUCCUAGUUAUUUGUAUCAAUAUCCUCACUCAGAGAUCCCUUGUGACAAUUGAUAACAAAAAUAAGUUAAGGAUGCAUGAUCUUAUUCGAGAUAUGGGAAGGGAGAUUAUUUGUGAAAAGUCUCCCAAUUUUCCAGGAAAACGUAGUAGGUUGUGGUUUCAUGAGGAUUUCUUAAAUGUAUUAAGCAAACAUACGGUAAGAGGCAUAUAUAUAUAUAUAUAUACACAUGCACAUAAUAUGUCUUAUGUAGGUAUGCAUGAACAUUUUUUCUUUUUGGCAAGCAUGCAACUUAGUCCCAAAAAGAUAUCAAUAUAACCCAUAAUUGAAUAAUUUUUAUCCAAAUCUUCUCUAAAUCAAGUCAACAACUGAUACUUAACAAUAUUCAAGAGGUCUGCAAGCAAGUUUCAAUUAAUUCUAAUAAUGUUUGAAUUAAUUUAGUGUUUUUUUUUUUUAAAGAAUUAUGAUGAGGGUAUAAAGGCUUAUUCUAGUUCAAAGUUGUUCUAACUUUAUGCAAGAUGAGGAUUUGUAUUGCUAAUCCAACUGUCUAUUUUGCUAGGGAACUGAAACAGUUGAGGGUCUCAUUUUAAAAGCAUCUGAAGAUGUGUGCUUGAUCAAAACUGAAGCAUUUACACAUAUGAAGAAUUUGAGAUUACUCCAAAUCAAUACUAUGCAUCUCACGGGAUCCUAUGAACAUCUCUCUAAGGAGUUAAGAUGGCUUUGUUGACAUAAGUGCCCUAUUAAAUUUCUGCCACAGAAUUUCUAUCUAGAGAACCUUGUCAUUCUUGACAUGUAGCAUAGUAAUAUCAAACAAGUUUGGAAGAAAAACCAGAUACUCAACAAGUUGAAGGUCAUUAAUCUCAGCAAUUCUAAAUAUCUCACCAAAUCACCAGACUUCUCUCAAGUGCCGCAAUUGGAGAUACUAAUACUUGAAAGUUGCAUAAGCUUGGUUCAGGUUCAUGAGUCCAUUGGAAAUCUAAAAAGACUUGUUUCACUAAAUUUAGAAGGAUGUAAGAAUUUUAAGAAUCUUCCAAGAAGCAUUUCAUAUUUAAAAUCUCUUGAAACUCUUAAUGUGUCUAACUGUUUAAAAAUUGACAAGUUACCAGAAGAAUUAGGGAAUAUGAUAGCUUUAAAGCAGCUGCUUGCAAAUAGAACUGCUAUUAAACAACUACCAUCCUCCGUUGGUCUUUUGAAGAAUCUUAAAACUGUAUCAUUAUCUGGAUGUAAAGAACAAUCCUCAGAAUCUUGGUUGUCACUUCUCUCACCAUGGAUAUCACCAAAAAGCUUGAACCCAGUAAGUUUGCUACCAACUUUCAUUUCUGGAUUACGUUCUUUGACAAAACUAUAUCUCGCUGAUCGCAAUUUGUCUGAAGAUGGGAUUCCUGUUGAUUUUGGGGGUUUAUCUUCACUUCAAAUUUUGGAUUUAUCAAGAAACAAUUUUCGUAACCUACCUGAUUGCAUCAGUUGCCUUCCUGAAUUGUACAGUUUGAGUUUGCGUGAGUGUAUGGCUCUUCAAACAAUUUCAGGACUCUCUGCAUCUGUCUUGGAUGCAAGUGGCUGCACAUCAAUGGAAAGACUCUCAAUUUCGUCUAACCAUAAAAGAAAACAAUUUUCUUCCCUUCGUAAUUGCCACAAAUUGAUUGAGAUUCAAGGUUUGGAGAAUUUGGAAUUUGGUUCAGAGAUUCUCGCAGAAGGGUGUAACAAUCUUGCAUACGAUUUUAGGAGUCAUCUCCAGUGUCAGUCAAUCAUGCGUGAUGAUCAGCAUCGUGUCAUUUACCUCCCUGGAAGUGAGGUUCCAAAUUGGUUCAGCUAUCAGAGAACUGGGUCAUCAAUAUCCUUCCAUGUACCUUCAAUUUCAAAGGGUCAAAUCCCUUGGUUGCUUGUUUGUGCUGUUUAUGCAGGCAACAAAGAAAACAAGAAGCGUUGGCCAACAAGAGUUGAUAAAGUGAGAUUCCAUAAUAAAACUAGAGGCUACCAGCACAUUCUUUGGGCAGCACUCUUCUUUCACGGUCCUGUAACCUGUGAAGAUCAUGUCUUUCUAUAUCAGACGCCACUCAUAAGAAAUGAAUUGGAGAUGGAAAGUGGAGAGGAAAUUGAGGUGUCCAUCCAACUUUGGAAAGCAGCUACAGUGAAGAAGUGUGGAAUUCAUGUCCUUUUUGAUGAGCCAAAUCGCCCAAAUGUAAUGGAAGAAUCUCCAUUCUGAUACAGCUAAUGAUCGAUGAUACUGGCCAUGGAGAGAAGGUCUCUGAAGAUCAUUAAGGACUGAUGAUUGAAGUGAUGAUCCAUCAGCAACCCAAGGCACGAUCCUCCCAAAUAUGGCAAUGGUGGUGGAAAAGGAUGAGAAAUCCUUGGUAUAACUCAAAAGAACUUUAGACUAGUUACAAAUAGCCACAUGGCAUUAUUAAGCUCUAUCAAGGUGCAUAUGUAUAUAACUCAAAAGUUUGCAUGAGUGCUUAUAUAUGCUUGCUGGAUUUGGCUGCUAUCUAGCUAUAACAUGCCUAGCCAGUACAACAUGUUCGCACCAAAAGUUAUGCUAGCAAUACGAAGAUUGGAAGACUACAAUAAUUCUCAUUCCAUA